GACAAGGUUCCUGCCGGUGAGGACAAGGUUCCUGGCGGUGAGGACAAGGUUCCUGGCGGUGAGGAAAAGUUACCCGUCGGUGAGCAUAUGGUUUCUGGCGGUGAGGACAAGGUUGUUACCGGUGAGGCCAAGGCUGCUGGCCGUGAGGCCAAGGUUCUUACCGGUGAUGACAAGGUUCCUGGCGUUGACAGCAGGGUUUCUGGCGGUGAGAACAAGGUUCCUGGCAGUGAGGACAAGGUUCCUGGCGGUGAGGAAAAGGUUACUAACAGUGAGGACAAGGUGCUUGGCGUUGAGGCCAAGGUUACUGGUGGUAAGGACAAGGUUCCUGGCGGAGAGGACAAGGUUCCUGGCGGUGAGGACAAGGUUCCUGGCGGUGAGGAAAAGGUUACUAACAGUGAGGACAAGGUGCUUGGCGUUGAGGCCAAGGUUACUGGCGGUAAGGACAAGGUUCCUGGCGGUGAGGACAACGUUCCUGCCGGUGAGCACAAGGUCCAUGGCGGUGAGGACCAGAUUCAUUCCGGUGAGGACAAGGUUCCUGCCGGUGAGACAAGGUUCCUGCCGGUGAGGACAAGGUUCCUGGCGGUGAGGAAAAGGUACCCGUCGGUGAGCAUAUGGUUUCUGGCGGUGAGGACAAGGCUGUUACCGGUGAGGACAAGGCUGCUGGCCGAGAGGCCAAGGUUCUUACCGGUGAUGACAAGGUUCCUGGCGGUCACAGCAGGGUUUCUGGCGGUGAGAACAAGGUUCCUGGCAGUGAGGACAAGGUUCCUGGCGGUGAGAGCAAGGUUACUGCCGAUGAGGACAAGGCUCUUGCCGGUGAGUCCAAGGUUCUUACCGGUGUGGAUAAGGUUCCUGGCGGUGACAGCAGGGUUACUGGCGGUUAGAACAAGGUUCCUGCCGAUAAGGGCAAGGUUCCUCGCAGUGAGAACAAGGUUCCUGGAGGUGGGGACAAGGUUCCUCGUGGUGAGAACAAGGUUCCUGGCGUUGAGAGCAAGGUUACUGGCGGUGAGGACAAGGCUCUUGCUGGUAAGGCCAAGGUUCUUGCCGUUGAGGACCAAGUUCCUGCUGGUGAGGACAAGGUUCCUGGCAGUGAGGCAAAGGUUUCUGGCGGUGAGGUCAAGGUUCCUAGCAGUGAGGACAAGGUUCCUGGCGUUGAGGACAAGGUUACUGGUGGUGAGGACAAGGUUCCUGGCGGUGAGGACAAGGUUAUUUCACGUGACGACAAGGUUCCUGGCGGUGAGAACAAUGUUACUGGUUGUGAGAACAAGGUUCCUCGGGGUGAGAACAAGGUUCCUGGCGGUCAGGACAAAGUUCCUCGCGGUGAGAACAAGGUUCCUGGCGGUCAGGACAAGGUUACUGGCGGUGAGAACCAAGUUCCUGCUGCUGAGGACUAGGUUCCUGUCAGUGAGGCCAAUGUUCCUGGCGGUGAGGAAGGGGUACCUGACGUUGAGGACAAGGUACCUGGCGGAGAGGACAGGGUUUGUGGCGGUAAGGACAAAGUCCUUACCGGUGAGGAAAAGGUUACUGCCGGUGGGGACAAAGUUCCUGGCGGUGAGGACCAGGUUCGUUCCGGUGAGGAAAAGGUCACUGGCGGAGAGAACAAGGUACCUGGGGGUGAGGAAAAGGUUCCUGGCGGUGAGGACAAGGUUCCUAGCAGUGAGGACAAUGUUCGUGGCGUUGAGAACAAGGUUACUGGCGGUGAGGACAAGGUUCCUGGCGGUGAGGACAAGGUUCCUGGAGGUGAGGAAAAGGUACCUGUCGGUGAGGAUCUGGUUUCUGGCGGUGAGGACAAGGUUGUUACCGGUGAGGACAAGGCUGCUGGGGGUGAGGACAAGAUUACUGGCGGUGAGGAGAAGGUUCAUGGCGGUGAGGACCAGGUUCUUUGCGGUGAGGACAAGGUUCCUGCCGGUGAGGAAAAGGUUCCUGGUGGUGAGGACAAGGUCCCUGGCGGUGAGAACCAAGUUCCUGCUGCGGAGGACUAGGUUCUUGUCAGUGAGGCCAAUGUUCCUGGCGGUGAGGACAAGGUUCUUGACGUUGAGGACAAGGUACCUGGCGCAGAGGACAGGGUUUGUGGCGGUAAGGACAAGGUUACUGGCGGUGAGGACAAAGUUCCUCGUGGUGAGGACAAGGUUCCUGGCGGUCAGGACAAGGUUCCUCGUGGUGAGGACAACGUUCCUGGCGGUCAGGACAAGGUUACUGGCGGUGAUGACAAGGUACCUGCCGUUGAGGACAAGGUUACUGGCGGUGAAGACAAGGGUCCUGGCGGUGAGGACAAGGUUCCUGACGUUGAGGACAAGGUACCUGGCGGAGAAGACAGGAUUUGUGGCGGUAAGGACAAGGUCCUUACCGGUGAGGACAAGGUUACUGGCGGUGGCGACAAAGUUCCUGGCGGUGAGGACCAGGUUCGUUCCGGUGAGGACAAGGUUACUGGCGGAGAGAACAAGGUACCUGGGGGUGAGGAAAAGGUUCCUGGCGGUGAGGACAAGGUUCCUAGCAGUGAGAACAAGGUUCCUGGCCUUGAGAACAAGGUUACUGGCGGUGAGAACAAGGUUCCUGGCGGUGAGUACAAGGCUCCUGGCGGUGAGGAAAAGGUACCUGUCGUUGAGGAUCUGGUUUCUGGCGGUGAGGACAAGGUUGUUACAUGUGAGAACAAGGUUGUUACAGGUAAGGACAAGGCUGUUGGCGGUGAGGACAAGGUUCCUGGCGGUGAGAAGGUUCAUGGCGGUGAGGACCAGGUUCUUUCCGGAGAGAACAAGGCUCCUGCCGGUGAGGAAAAGGUUCCUGGUGGUGAGGACAAGGUUCCUGGCGGUGAGAACCAAGUUCCUGCUGCUGAGGACUAGGUUCCUGUCAGUGAGGCCAAUGUUCCUGAAGUUGAGGACAAGGUACCUGGCGGAGAGGACAGGGUUUGUGGCGGUAAGGAGAAGGUCCUUACCGGUGACGACGAGGUUACUGUGGGUGGGAACAAAGUUCCUGGCGGUGAGGAACAGGUUCGUUCCGGUGAGGACAAGGUUACUGGCGGAGAGAACAAGGUACCUGGGGGUGAGGAAAAAGUUCCUGUCGGUGAGGACAAGGUUCCUAGCAGUGAGGACAAGGUUCCUGGCGUUGGGAACAAGGAUAAUGCCGGAGAGGACAAGGUUCCUGGCGGUGAGGACAAGGUUCUUGGCGGUGAGGAGAAUGUUCAUGGCGGUGAGGACCAGGUUCUUUCCGGUGAGGACAAGGUUCCUGCCGGUGAGGAAAAGGUUCCUGGCGGUGAGGACAAGGUUCCUGGCGGUGAGGAAAAGGUACCUGUCGGUGAGGAUCUGGUUUCUGGCGGUGAGGACAAGGUUGUUACCGGUGAGGACAAGGCUGCUGGCGGUGAGGACAAGGUUCUUGGCCGUGAGGAGAAGGUUCAUGGCGGUGAGGACCACGUUCUUUCCGGUGAAGACAAGGUUCCUGCCUGUGAGGAAAAGGUUCCUGGCGGUGAGGACAAGGUUCCUGGCGGUGAGGAAAAGGAACCUGUCCGUGAGGAUCUGCUUUCUGGCGGUGAGGACAAGGUUGUUACCGGUGAGGACAAGGCUGCUGGCGGUGAGGACAAGGUUCCUGGCGGUGAGGACCAGGUUCGGUCCGAUGAAGACAAGUUUCCUCUCGGUGAGGACAAGGGUCCUCGCGGUGAGGACAAGGUUCCUCGCGUUGACAACAAGGUUUCUGCUGUUGAGGACAAGAAUGCCGGUGAGGACAAGGUUUCUGCCGGUGAGGACAAGGUUCUUAUCGGUGAGGACAAGGUUCCUGGCGGUGAGGACAGUGUUACUGGCUAUGAGAACAAGGUCCCUCGCGGUGAGGGCAAGGUUCCUACCGUUGAGAACAAGUUUGCUGGCGGUGACGACAAGGUUUAUGGUGGAGAGGACAAUGUUCCUGCAGGUAAGAACAAGGUUACUAGAGGUGAGGACAUGGUUCCUGGCCGUGAGAACAAGGUUCUUGACGGUGAGGAUCAGGUUCGUUACGGUGAGGACAAGGUUCCUGCCGAUGAAUACAAGGUUCUUGGCGGUGAGGACAGGGUUCCUGGCGCUGAGGACAAGAUACCUGGCGGUGAGGACAGUGUUUCUGGAGGUGAGGACAAGGUUCUUACCGGUGAGGACAAGGUUCCUGGGGGUGAGAACAUGGUUACUGCCGGUGACAACAGGGUUCCUUCCGGAGAGGACAACGUUCAUACCGGUGAGGACAAGGUUCCUGGCGAUACCGUGCUUCAAUUGCAACACAGUCUUUCCCUGCAAACUCACGAAGCAAAUCAGUGUCAUUAUGUAGUUUGGCUGCUUCUUGUAAGGCUCCUGCCGUAA